AAGGUCCUCUGGAAGGUGGGAGGAAGAAACGUCAGCGCACAGUUCCAGUCGCUGAUGGAGCAGCUGGUGGGGACGGUGGUCCAGGGAACUCUCUAGGGCUGAGCUCAUCUGGUGCUGGCCUCAAUGAUGGCGCUUCUGCGGCGUUGGCAGUUGCCCUGACGCGGGUUGUGGUGGGGGAACAGGUUGCAGCACGUGUGUCUGCCACGGAAGAUGGCAAGGAUGAGUGGAUUGUUGUAAAGGUCCUGCGCAUUGACCGGGAGGCGAACAGAUUCGACGUGAUCGAUGAGGAGCCAGGAGAGGAGGAUGAGGGUGGGCAGAGAAAGUAUCGUCUCUCAGGCUCCUGCAUCAUCCCCUUCCACAAGCGCAAUGAGUGGAUGUCAGCCUCCGAUUUCCCUCCUGGCUCCAGGGUGCUGGCGGUGUUCCCCAGCACCACUGCACUUUAUCAAGCAACAGUGGUUGGUCAACCACGCAAGCUACUCAUUGGAGUUUGA